AUGAGAGGUCACAAAGACUAUGCCAAGCGGCUGGGGCAAGUGAUGUUGUCGGGAAAGGCCACAGCUUACCCGUUCCCAAAAGUAGAAAUCGGCGAGGCCGAUCGUGGAAAAAUAGCUACCCCACAUGACGACCCACUAGUGAUCGAGGUGACAAUUGCCAACCUGAGGGUUAGGCGCAUCCUGGUUGAUACAGGGAGUUCGUCAGAUAUAAUUAGCCUUGAGUGUUUAAAUCAACUGCAGCAUGAUCCCUCAAAAAUAGAGAAAAUUCACUGUCCCAUUAUAAGCUUUGGGGGUAGUAUCAUUCAUCCAGUCGGCAUCAUUUCUCUCCCUCUGCGGAUGGGAAGUAAGAAAGAAUUUCGUCAAAUGGACGUUCGUUUCCUCAUAGUGAAAGAUCUGACUGCUUACAAUGUCAUUUUGGGGCGUCCUACUUUGAACAGGGCAAAGGAUGUCAUCGUUACACACCUAUUGCUCCUAAAGUUUGUUUGUGAUGAUGGGAGCGUUAGCACUAUACAUGGUGAUCAGCAGCAAGCUAGAGACUGCUAUUUAACCACCUUGAGCCCAGAGGCAUGGGGGGUCAGGUGA